AGCCAUUGUAUUGAAGUCUAGCAGAGUUAGUACUUCGCCUGUUGGCUGCUCGAGGAGAUGAGGCAACGCAGCAAUUAGGCCCGCGCAACAAUCUACAUAGUAAUUCCUUGCCAUUCCUUAGCAGUCGCUCGUAGCAGUUGUAGCACAACUCAAGGGGCACGUCCAUUUUGGUAUCUUGUCCGAUUUGUUUACUAAGUCGCCAUGGAAAGAGCAACUAGGUCGCGGAGAGGAGUAGACUCCGCUUCCGCCUCGCGCAAGAGCGCGCUUGCGGAGCUCGCCGCGCACCGCGCCAGCCGCCAGUCCGGCUCCGCUCCGGUCCCCGUCGCAGGCGGCGAUGCCGGCGAUCAGGGCGACCAUGCUCUGCGACGCAAGCGACGGAUCGACACGUUCGAGCUGAAAGAGGAGGACCGGCUGUACGACGUCGUCGACGAGUCGGAGUACCAGAAAAUCGUUGCACAGCGUCGCGCGGCGGGCGAGAACUUCGUGGUGGACGACGACGGGCUGGGGUAUGCGGACACGGGGCUGGAGGACGUGUGGGAUCGACGCGAGGACGACGAGGACUCGUGGGACGAAGACGAGGAGGGAGGCCGACGGAAGAAGAAGGACAAGAAGCCCGCGGGACCCAGGCCGCGCCGGGAGGGCGUCGCCGCGCGCAAGGCGCUUUCCGCCGCCGCCGCGAUGAUGGGGAAGCGCCGCGGCGCGUCCAACAUGUUCGCCGCCGCCGGCGCGCGUGCCGGCGGCCGGCAAGCGUCGCAGGCGCUGCCGGCCGGUGACGCGCAAGCGGCAGAUUCGCUGCUGGAGGAGCUGAUUAACGACAUUGGCACCGAUGCGCACGAACGGUUACCCGACAAGAGACGACGGAGAGGUGGCGGCGUGGCUGUAACCGUUACACCCUCCGCGUGGCGUCCUCUCGCGCAGCACGCCAAGCCCCCCGCCUCCUACCCCGACGAUUUCCACGACGCGCCGGUCGUCACGCCGUCAAACGAGCCGGCUGUUUCUGCCGGCCAACAACCGGCGCCGGCGCCGUUUUCUGACGACGCGCCGCUUCCCGAGAUGCGGCCUCAAGAGCAUGAUCGCGUAGGGGUAAAAGGCGCUGCUCGUAGGGGGGUAGAGGCAGGUUCUGACUCUCCAAGUGCCGCUCCUGAACCCAGUGGAAACGUCCGAGGCACCGUAGGUGAAGCUGGUAUGGCACGCGUUAGGCCAAAGACUGGAGAGAAGGAUUUCAGUGGGGAGACGAAGUCGCCUGGAGCAGGGGCAGGGGCAGAGGCAGAGGCAGAGGCAGGGGCAGCUGAAGGAACUGCCGCUGAGAGCGCCGGGGCUGAGAAAGGGCAGUCCACCAAACCGGAUUCCACCGAGGCAGGCCAGCCGCCGAAGCUGCACGCUAGGAUCGGGGCGCUGGCUCAGGAGGAGAACGCAUCUGCGGCGUGGCACGCUGUCAGCCGAGGCUCGUCAGCAGGUUUGGCAGACGAGAAGGCGGGCAGCCCUGGCAAGGUCGGCGGAGCAGCGGGAGAGGAUAAGGGGUGGGGAGCAGCGGGGGGAGCGGCUGUAGCAGGGCAAACGGCUGUAGCGGGGAAUGCGGCUGUAGCGGGGCCAGAUGCGCCUGUGAAUGUGGAGGGGCUUCCGCUGGAUGCGGAUGGGAAGCUUCCGUUCUUUUUCCUGGAUGCGGUGGAGGAGUCGUUUGGCGCGCUUCAGGGCACUGUGUUCCUUUUUGGCAAGGUCCCUGUAAAGCACGCUGCCAGCAUCAGCAGCCCCAGCAGUGGUCCGAGCAAAGGGGGCAGCGAGGCAUAUGUGAGCUGCUGCGUGGCGGUGCAGGGCAUGCAGCGGUGCGUGUUCGCCGUGCCUCGGGAGGACCUCUUUCAAGACUCCGAGCUGGCAGUGCUGGAGGCAGCGGAGCAGCAGGCCAGGGAGGAGGAGAAGGCACAGGCUGGCGGGCACAAGGGCAAGGGCGGUGGGGGGAAGGGUGGUGGUGGCAGCAGCAGUGGUGGGGGGAAGGGUGAGGUGGAGUCGGAGAAGGUGAAGGCAGCGCGGCUCAAGAAGAUGCGCAAACUCCAUGAGCUAGCCACGCCCCUGAAGGAGGAGAUCCGCCAGCGACUCAUGGAGCGACACGUGUCAUCCUUCUGCAUGAUGCCGGUCAAGCGCUCAUACGCCUUUGAGCGAAAGGACAUCCCUCGUGGGGAACAGUAUGUGCUCAAGAUCACCUACCCUUAUAAGGACGCCCCUCUGCCCUCACACCUGACAGGCGCGCACUUCACUGCUCUGAUGGGCACUCACUCCAGUGCGUUGGAGCUGUUGCUGCUGAAGCGCCGACUCAAGUGCCCCUGCUGGCUGACUGUCGACCGCCCCACUCGCAUCCACCCCUCCUCCCAGAGGAGCCACUGCAAGGUGGAGGUGACAGUGCCAUCACCCAAGAUGGUGGCGCCAGCAGCGGUUGACCGUGACCCUCCCCCUCUGGUCGUGGCGUCUCUGAGCGUCAAGACGGUGGUGAAUCACGGCAAGAAUGUCAACGAGAUCGCCGCUGCUUCGGUGGUCUACUGCCGCAACGCCAAGAUCGACCGACCAAUGGCGCGCAGCGAGUGGAGUGGGGCGGCAUCGCUCGGCCACUUCUCGGUGCUGAGGCGGCUGGAGGGGGUGAUGUCCCCGGUGGGAUUCGAUUCUGCCAUCGCUGCGGCCAAUCAGAGGGCCGGGAGGGACGGGCCAGUGCUCAGCAAGAAGGGCAGCGAGAGGGAGCUGCUGAGCUAUCUACUGGCACGCAUGGGACGGUUGGAUGCUGACGUCAUCAUAGGACACGGGCUGGCAGCAUUCGAUCUCACUGUGCUUCUGCAGCGCAUGCAGGCCUGUCGCAUUGGCAACUGGUCCGCCAUCGGUCGGCUCAAGCGCACGCAGAUGCCCAAGCUAGGGGGAGGGGGGGGCACCAGUUGGGGCGGCGGAGGGGCGGCGCCCGGACUGCUGUCGGCGGUGGCCGGGCGGCUGCUGAUCGACACGAGCGUUUCGUCCCGGGAAAUACUGCCGAAGGAAGUGAGCCACUCGCUGACGGCGCUGGCGGCAAGUCAACUGGGGCACACGAGGCGGGAGGUGGCUGCGGCCGAGGUGCCUGGGAUGUAUGGCAGCAGCGAGAGCCUGAUGAAGCUGGUGGAGCUUGUGGAAACAGACGCGUGGUUGGCGCUGACGCUCAUGUUCCAGCUCUCAGUGCUGCCGCUCUCUCGCCAGCUCACCAACCUCAGCGGCAACCUCUGGAACCGCACGCUGCAGGGAUCCCGGGCCCAGCGAAUCGAGUACCUCCUGCUGCACGAGUUCCACCGCCGGAAAUUCAUGCUGCCCGACAAGCUGACCACAAAAGAAAAAGAAGCGGCAGUCUCAUCCGCCGCCGCUGCUGGAAUGGGCGGAGGAGCGGGCUCGGGCAAGAAGAAAAAACGCAAAGGAGCUGGAGGGGGUUCUGGGCAGAACCCAGGCAAGGCAGGAGGAGGAGGCGGAGGAGGAGGAGAGGAUACCUUGGCCGAAGGGGGAUUAGAAGGAGGGGGAGAGGAAGAGGAUGGGGACGAGGGUGCUCUGGGUGGUGCUGAGGGGAGGGGAGGAGGGAAGGGAAAGACGGGCGGGGGAGGGGGAGGAGCGGAUGGGAAGAAGAAGGGGCCUAGUUAUGCGGGAGGGUUGGUGCUGGAGCCGAAGAGGGGGCUGUAUGAUAAGAUCGUGCUGCUGCUGGACUUUAACAGCCUGUAUCCUUCUAUUAUCCGAGAGUACAACAUCUGCUUCACCACUGUUGCGUGUCCCGAUGACGCUGCUUCGCUGCCCCAACUGCCUGAUCCUGACCCCCCUGGGGUGCUGCCAGAGGUGCUGGGAAUGUUGGUGCAGAGGCGGCGGCAGGUGAAGGAUCUACUGAAGAGGGAGAACGACCCGGAUGAGAGGCAGCGGCUGGACAUCCGGCAACAGGCGCUCAAGCUCACCGCCAACAGCAUGUACGGCUGCCUGGGCUUCUCCAACUCCCGCUUCUAUGCAAAGCCGCUUGCCGAGCUCAUCACCUCCAGGGGCCGUGACAUCCUCCAGAGCACAGUGGACCUGGUGCAGAACAAUCUGAACCUGGAGGUGAUCUACGGCGACACCGACUCCAUCAUGAUCAACACCGGGCUGGACGACCCCGCCCAGGCCAUCGCCAUCGCACACCGCGUCAAGAAAGAGGUGAACAAGCGGUACAAGCUCCUAGAAAUCGAGAUGGAUGGUCUAUUCCGCAGCAUGCUGCUGCUGAACAAGAAGAAGUACGCCUCUGUCAAGCUCGAGCUGGGGCCGGGGGACCCGCCCAGGGUGGUGCGCGAGGUGACGGAGCACAAGGGGCUCGACAUUGUCAGGCGCGACUGGAGUGUUCUCUCGAAAGAGAUCGGGCAUUAUUGCCUGCAGCAGAUUCUUUCCGGCCAGCCGAGGGAGGAGGUGGUGGAGGCGAUUCACAACGAGCUGCGCAAUUUGGCAACCAAACUUCGAGCGGGCGAGGUGGACCUGUCAUCGUUCGUGAUCACCAAGACGCUCACAAAGCCGCCCACAGACUACCCCGACGCCAACUCGCAGGCGCACGUGCAGGUGGCGUUGAGGAGGAGGAAGGAGGGGCGCAGUGAAGGGUGCAACGCAGGGGACGCCAUCCCCUAUGUCAUUGCCGUUCCCAGGCAAUCAGGUGGCGAUGCGGCAGCACCUGGCAGCAGCAAGGGCGGCGGCAUAGCGGAACGGGCGCGGCACGUGGACGAGCUGAGGAGCGCCGACAGUGAGUGGGACGUGGACCGGGAGUACUACCUGGCGCAGCAGAUUCAUCCAGUCGUAUCUCGAUUGUGUGCCCCUAUUGAGGGCACCGAUGCUGCCCGCCUAGCCGACUGCCUGGGGCUCGACUCGUCCAAGUAUCGGCAUGUGGGUGUCACGGCAUCGACGGUGCGAGAUGAUGCCAUGCUGGCAGCCACGUCCAUUCUGGAUGACGAUGAACGAUACUCCCACUGCAAGCCCCUGCAGUUCCUCUGCCCAACGUGCCGCUUCCCGUUCGUCUUCCCAGGCGUGCAUGCCAUCGCACAUGGCAGAGAGAACGAGGUGCUGGAGAGGGCUGGGCAGGGGGCAGGCGGAGGAGGGGGGGGAAUUCGGACAGGAAACGCGGACAAGAGUGGGGAAGGGGAGAAGGGAAGCGGAGGGGAAGGGCAGGAGGCGGAGAGAGAGGAGUUGCUGCCGCUGGUGUGUCCGCGCUGCAAGGACGCCAAGCCGCUGUCGCCUGCCAUGCUGGCCAAUCAGGUGAAGCGGCAGGCAGAGGCAUUCAUAUUGCAGUACUACGACGCGUGGAUGCAGUGCGAGGAGGAGACGUGUGGGUGUGUGUCUCAGAACAUGGCCGCCCGCAUCGUGCACUCCGACAGCACCAGAGGGGCCCUCUGCCCCAACUACCCCCGCUGCCAAGGCACCAUGCGGCGCAAGAUAUCCGAGGCCGAGCUCUACCACCAGCUCUGCUAUCUCCGCCACUCGCUUGCAGUUACCCGGACCCUUGCCAAGCUAAGAGACCCGGCACAGACAGCAGCAGCGGAGCGCCGGCUGCAGCCAGUCAGGAGGGCGCUGGAUGCUGCUCAUGGGGUGGUGGAGCGGCUGUGUGACAGCUCAGCAUACAAAUGGGUCAAGAUGGGUGACCUUUGUGCUACAUAGUGCUCUAGUGUUACACAUACAAAUGGCAUGUAGUGUGUGCUCGGUGUAAAAAUGGGUCAAGAUGGGUGACCUCUGUGUUACAUAGUGCUAGUGUUUACACAUUGCUUCUGGCAUGUGUGCCCACUGCGCAGAGAACAGAAGUGUCAAUGUUUAGUACCUACACCUGCUUUGCUUGUACCGAUAAGCGUUCUAGUAUGACAAAUACAAAAGCCAAGUAGGG